CUUCUGGCUCCGCUUCCUGGUCCCAGGGAUUGUAGGCGGGGCUUGCGUCUUCUCCCGUGACGGGGCAAUUUUGGCUUCUCUGGCUCUCCGUAGUGACGGUUGUUUGCAAGGUUUUUUUCCCUUUAAUUUCUGCAAAAUAGCAAUUUUUCCCUCCUGUGCUUUUUAGCAGCCGUUUUUCUCCAGAUGUCCCAGCAAGACCCGGCGGGCUCGAGCUCGGUGACCGUCAGUGAUGUGCAGCAGCUGCUGAAGAAGAAGGAUGAAAUCGAAGCCCAGAUUAAAGCUUACUAUGAAGUGCUGGAAGAUCAAAAAGGAGUCGGGAUGAACGAGCCGCUGGUGGACGUGGAAGGGUAUCCACGUGCCGACGUUGACAUCUACCAAGUCCGGACGGCAAGACACAACAUUGUCUGUUUGCAGAACGACCACAAGGCCUUGAUGAAGGAGGUGGAACAGGCCCUCCACCGGCUGCACGCCCGUGAUAAGGAGAAGCGCGAAAAAGACGAGGCGGAAGCUCGUGCUGAGGCCAGAAGCCAGAGUGAGGCCCCGCCUAUUCCUUUCGCCAGGGUGAACGCUGUCACCCCAGGUUCUCCAGCCAGCAUGUCGGGGUUGCAAGUGGACGAUGAGAUAGUAGAGUUUGGCUCUGUGAACACCCGCAACUUCCAGUCGCUCCAGAAUAUCGCCACGGUUGUGCAGCACAGCGAAGGGAGACCAUUAAGUGUGACUGUGCUCCGUGGAGGAGAAAGGAUGCACCUGGGUCUCACACCCAAACGCUGGACUGGCAAAGGACUUCUGGGUUGCAACAUAGUUCCUUUGCAAAGAUGAUUUCCAAGGGCAAAACCUGCAAGUUUGUUGGCAUUUCGUUCUUAACAUGACAACCACACAUCUUUACAAGGAAGCUGGAAUACUACGAAUGAAUCCUGAGGCGCUGGUGUAGAUGGCUGAGGAGGUUUUGACAGUUUUGCGCAGUUGUAAUUUGCCAGUUCGCAGGAUUAGCUUGCACUGGCCUUGCUUCUUUCACCCCGCAGGUGUAAAUAAAAUGCAAAACCCCCAGAUCUUGUGGUUUUAUGUUUGGCGACUUAUUCUACCACCUUGUUAUCCUUUUCUAUUUAUUUAGUAAGGCAAUGCUAGUCCUCAGUUUUUUUCCCUCUGCUUUCUUUUCCUUCAGUGUUAACAAUUGGAGGGGGGGGAGUUAAUUUUCAGAUCACUGAAGUGUGCCAGGUUGGUAUUGUAUUUUCUGUUUCCUCUGCGGCACGCUCAAUAAAAAUGUUAUGAUUUAAAA